GGAGGACGUCGGGAGCCUGCUGGAGAAGACUGCAGAGGCGUGUGGGGAGGGGGAGAGGCUAUGGGACGAGCUGAGCAGGCUAAGGAGGGCACUGGAGGCAGAGACGGCCGAGCGUCGGAAGGACGGGGAGUCAUGGGAGGCAGUACGGGAAGAUCUGACGCGGGAGCUGGAGAAGGCGAGGGCGGACUUGCAGGAGGAGGACGUCGGGAGCCUGCUGGAGAAGACAGCAGAGGCGUGUGGGGAGGGGGAGAGGCUAUGGGACGAGCUGAGCAGGCUAAGGAGGGCACUGGAGGCAGAGACGGCCGAGCGUCGGAAGGACGGGGAGUCAUGGGAGGCAGUACGGGAAGAUCUGACGCGGGAGCUGGAGAAGGCGAGGGCGGACUUGCAGGAGGUACGAGAGAGGCACGCGAUAUCGGUGGAAAGGGCGAGGAAGCAGGAGGCCGAGGCCGAGGAGAAGCUGGAAUCUCGUCGGAAGGACGGGGAGUCAUGGGAGGCAGUACGGGAAGAUCUGACGCGGGAGCUGGAGAAGGCGAGGGCGGACUUGCAGGAGGUACGAGAGAGGCACGCGAUAUCGGUGGAAAGGGCGAGGAAGCAGGAGGCCGAGGCCGAGGAGAAGCUGGAAUCUCAGGAGCAGGAGCAGGAGCAGGAGGAGAAGGAGCAGGAGGAGGGAGAGGAGGAGCAGAAAGAGCAGGAGCAGGAGGGGAGGGAGGGAGGGAGGGGAGAGGGGAACACAGGGAAGUAGUAGGGAGCAGAACUUUCCUUGUGUCGACUCAACUUUGCAAUGACCGGAAGAGAAGAGGUAGAGACUUCGCAGCUCGGCCGCAUCCAACUUGUCCCCCCGCGCCAGCUGACGGCAGGAAACUCAGCGCUUGCAACUUCAUCACCCCUUGA